AUGUGUGGCCGAUACGCGCUGGCACUGCGGCCUUCCGAGGUCCGCCAGCAGCUCGAGCAGUCGCAGAUGCCAGUAGAAGAGGCACCCGAUGACGACGACAGUAACGUGCGCCAAAGUUACAACUUUGCCCCCGGCUAUCAUGGCCUCGUAUACCGCGCAGAAGGUCCCGAAACAGGCGGCCAGCACGAAGGUGCGACGGAAGACACAAAGUACAAGCUACAGUCUAUGCAAUGGGGUCUCGUGCCAUUCUGGACAAAGCGCAACCCUGACUACGGAUCCAAGAUGAAGACAAUCAACUGCCGAGACGACUCUCUCGUCGAAGACCGCGGCAUGUGGACAACCAUGAAGAAGAAGAAGCGCUGCAUCAUCGUCGCACAGGGCUUCUACGAGUGGCUGAAGAAGAACGGCGGCAAGGAGAAGCUGCCACACUUUACCAAGCGCAAGGACGGCCAGCUCAUGUGCUUUGCUGGGCUAUGGGACUGUGUGCAGUUUGAAGACUCUAGUGAGAAACUCUUCACCUACACCAUCAUCACGACCGAUUCAAACAAGCAACUCAGCUUUCUGCACGACCGCAUGCCCGUCAUCUUCGAUAAUGGCUCAGAUGCCGUCCGAACCUGGCUGGAUCCGGCUCGCACAGAGUGGAACUCUGAGCUGCAGUCACUCCUGAAACCAUACGAGGGCGAGCUGGAGUGCUAUCCAGUCAGCAAAGACGUUGGUAAGGUCGGCAAUAACUCGCCAUCCUUCCUCGUCCCAAUAAACAGUGCAGCCAACAAGAACAACAUCGCAAACUUCUUCGGCAGCCAACAGAAAGCCGCCAAACCCAAGGCUGACGAAAAGAGCAGUACCAAAGUCGAGCAUGAUGACGAUGAGACGCGUGCUACGACUGACCGCGUGGAAAGUACCGAGGAUAACGCGCCACUGCCUAUACCAGCGACGCCUGGACAAGCGAAGUUGGAGUCAAAAGGCAUCAAGCGAGAGCACGACGACGAGGAUGCAACUGACAACGGCACAGAGAGCGAGCCACAGAAUAAACGCAAUAAGCCCACCGCAUCUGCAUCUCCAGUAACCAAAAGUUCGGUCAAGAAGACGUCAACGCCUGCAAAGAAGCAGGGCACCAGAAGCGCUACGAGCAAUGGCAGUGCAGCAAAGACAUCCAAGGCUGAUGGUUCGCGGAAGAUAACAUCCUUCUUUAGCAACAAGUGA